ACAUUCUUCCUGUUUUAACAAUGUGAAUUUUAGCUGAUAAGGAGAGUAGCUGCUCACAAGUUGUUUUUCUGUAGCUUUCCUGACCAUUUAUCUCUAAAGCAGUAAGAAAGAAUUUUGUAUUGAAAUGCGCCAGCCUUGAAUAAGGGACAACAUGAAAUGUAAAGAAUCUAUCUAGUUUUUGGGGCAUUUUGCUUUUACAUUCCUGGAAAACUUCAAGAGAUUCUCCAGCCUCUUUGUCAGAAUGUCCUAUCUUUGUGCCGGGGGUUUGGUCCUCCUUGCUCUGGCAGGCUUGUUGUCUCUGUCUGAGGCCGAUGUCGGGGACUUCUUCCCAUGUCUGAAUUUUUUCUACAGGUCAUGGCCCCCCAAAGGUCUGUCAGGGACACCUAUCUGUCAACGCUAUGAGAACCAAUACCGUUUUGCCUCGCUGUACAGACGCCAGAGACGCUCGCCGAUAUUCUCUGCCUACAUAUAUAGCCAGCCUGAAGGAAAGAGACCCUCAUCACAAUGGAAGUUUGAACCACAGUUAGCCAAUGCCACAGAAGACGGCAACAUGGCUCCCUUCCCGCCAGGGGUUCUGAAUCCGAACAUUGUGAACAGCCAGGCCGUCCAGCUGGACUAUAUCAACUCCUCGUACACGCGUGGGCACCUCAACCCCAGCCUUCACCAUCGAACCCACGAGGACCGCGUGUCAACAUUCACCCUGACCAAUGUGGUUCCUCAGAAGUUCGGUUCCAACAACGGGCCCUGGGAGAUACUGGAAGACAUGGUCAACCACUCUCUAGGAUCCUACUGCCUCGGCGAGGCCUACGUGGUGACAGGGGUUAUCCCCUAUCAGGACGACAAGCACUGGAUCAAGGGUCAUCGCGUGGCCGUGCCUGAGUAUCUGUGGUCAGCCUACUGCUGCCCUAAGUACAAUGAAAGUCUUCUUAACAAGUUUAAUCUCAGUGAGUUUUUUCCCACUUACGCUGCUAUUGGACGAAAUGAUCGUAACAGCACAGAGGAGAUUGUGCCCAUUGACAAGAGUAGUCAGAAAAAGUUCUGGGGAUACGAUGUGAGGCGCAUGCCACUGGAUACAUUAGAGAUGUACCUGAAGCAGCGAUUUGGCACUGUCAUCAAUGUCUUCUAUGAAAACUGCUCUGGUUUACGAUGAUCCUACAUACAAUAUCCAUGUCUAAUAAUGUAUUUUAACAGGGUGUAUUGGUAAGGAUCAUCUGUGUACAUACAGAUUUAGUGUAUUUUCAAUUAUAAUUUAGCACUAAUUUUACAAGUAUAUUCAAAAAAUCUGCUUUUGACACUGUUUGGGAUGCAAUAAGAGAAAUGAUGUUCAUGUGAGCAUUGUGUUUGCUGGGAUUAUUUCAUUUAGCCAACAACCUAAACAUUUGUUUUUGUUUUGGCUUGAGUUAUUUAGAGUAGAGGGUUAUGCAAACCCUUUUAGUUUUGCUAGCUACACUACCAUUCAAAAGUUUGGGAUCACUCAAAUAUGUCCUUGUUUUCAAAAUAAAAUCCUUUUUUUGUCCAUUAAUUUAACAUCAAAUUGAUCAGAAACACAGUGUAGACAUUGUUGAUGUUGUAAAUGACUAUUGUAGCUGGAAACGGCGUAUUAUCAAUGGAAUAUCUACCUAGGCGUGCAGAGGCCCAUUACUAUGUGAUGUUAAAAAAUUAUAUCAGGUGUUAUUGCAUAUGUUGACAUAACAGUUUUUACAUUCCUUCUUAGUCGUGUGCCAUGUCAUAAGAAUUUCAUUGACCAGAAUGAUGCUAUGUUAUUUGGUGCAUUUGAUGAAUAAAAUACUUUAGUCAUGUGUAA